GUAUAUUUAGCUUGAGGAGUUGAUAUUUGUGUUGUUUUUUAAUGGAGCAUUUGGGUCAGAAUGGUUUGAUCUCUGAGCUUGAAAAUGGAGUCACUUUGUGCUGUGAUGAAGAGUGUUCUGAGAAAGAAACAGUUACAACUUUCAUUGAAGAUGCUGUCAAAGUCUUGUUGAUGGGUUUAGGAGAAGAUAUCAAUAGAGAAGGAAUUCAAAAGACACCACAUCGUGUUGCCAAAGCCCUUCGUGAAGGAACAAUAGGUUAUGAUAAAAGUGUUAAGGAAAUUGUGGAAGGGGCAUUAUUCCCUGAAGGAGGAGUAGAAAAGAACAAAGUUGGAGAUGCAGGUGGAGUAGGUGGACUUGUGAUUGUGAGAGACCUUGAUUUUUACUCUUACUGUGAGUCUUGCAUGCUNCCAUUCUAUUUNAAGUGUCAUGUGGGCUAUGUCCCUUCUGCUCAAAGAGUUCUNGGUUUAAGCAAACUCUCUCGUGUCACCAAUGUCUUUGCAAAACGUCUCCAAGAGCCUCAGCGUCUUGCAAAUCAGGUCUGUUCAGCUUUGCAUGAAGCAAUACAACCCACAGGCGUUGCUGUUGUGCUUCAAUGCAAACACAUUCCCUUUCCAGACAUGGAAUCAAAUUCUCUUCACUCAAACCAUAAAGGGGUCCUGGGAAUACUGGUUUCUUCAGGCUCUGGUGUUUUUCAAAACAAAGAUNCAAACUUNUGGGCUGACUUUUUUGNCCUCCUUAACUUUNGGGNCAUUGACAAGGACAAAAUUAUUGAUAANGGNUCAUUGGNCNANUGUUGGUGUCCUUCUUUGUCUUCUAAAGUUUCACCAAAGAAUGAAGAAAUGAACCCUGCUAUGGUCACUGCAGUAGCUUCAAUUCUCAAGUCUUUAGGUGAGGAUCCAACUAGGAAGGAAUUACAAGGGACUCCUGCU